AUGCUUCACAAAGUUCACCUGCAAGACUUCAAUGCAAUGCGUGAGUAUUUGCUGAACAAGACACAGCACGCCAUUGGCGGAUUCGGCAAAGUAGUGGGUGAUACACCUGAUAUACUUCACUCAUAUCUCGGCCUGGCAGCUUUGGCUUGUCUACAUGAUCCUGAUUUGAGAAGCAUUGACCCUAUUCUUUGCAUGAGUGUCCGCGCUAGAGAUGAGUUCGAAAGUAAAGAUCCUUUCACAAUUCCAAGAUGA